UAAGCUCCUGCUUGCAACGGUUUAGAUUUUGCAUUGUCUGCUAUUAUAUAAGUAAUGUACUUUACUGCAUUGCAUUGUUAGAUAAGUGUUUAAUUUUAUUCUUAUCUAACAAGAACACUAUUAAUAAUAUUCGAUACAGAGUAGACUAUCAUCAGUCCGUUUAGAGCUGUCGAAGUGAUUCAGUGAAAAAUAUAUCUAACAAUAAGACCAUCAAAUAAUAGAGCAUUCAUACUAUAACAAGGUAACAAUGCAGGAUCCACAAAGAUAUCAACAAGUAAACAAUUUGCAAAACAGAGAUCUUGAAGACAUAUUAAAAGAAUAUCCAUUAGAAUGGAAACAGAAAAACGCAAGAAUCAUGGACAUCGGUUGUGGCGAUGGAAGCGCCACUACAUGUCUUUGGACAAAGUAUAUACCGGAGAAAUUUAUGACGAUAAUCGGAAGUGACAAAAGUCAAGCAUGUGUAAAUUUUGCAAAAGCAAAUUACGAGAAUGAAAGAAUUAAGUUUAUAACUCUUAAUAUAGAAGAUGAGAUACCUAGUGAACUGAAAGGAUGCUUUGACCACGUGGUCUCAAACUAUAUGUUCAUGUGGGUGCAGCAGCAAGAGAAAGCUUUCUCUAAUAUAUACAAAAUGCUGGCAAAAGACGGUAACUGCCUGUUAAUAUUCCUUGCCACUUGCAACAUUUACGAUAAUUAUAUUAAACUUUCGAGAACUUCAAAAUGGAAUCCCUAUCUUAAAGAUGUCAAGACCAAGUUUAUAUCACCAUAUCAUGAAUCUCAGGAUCCAAAAACCGAAAUUACAAGUUUGAUGAAGAAUAUUGGUUUCAGAGAUAUUAAUAUACGAGUGCAAAAUCGUUGGUUUGAUUUUGUACGCGGUAUAGAGGAAUUCAAAGACAUGAUGAAAUCCUUCAAUCCGUUCGAUGGUCUGGAGGACAAAUGGGAAGAGUUCACGGAAGACUAUGUUAAGCUAGAUCCCAAUGCAGGUACGUUUGUAUAUAAGCUGUUGGUUGUUUCAGGAAAAAAAUAGUAAAAUAAACACACGUUUAGUACCUCCAACCUGCUUUACUGUUAUAACUUAUGUUUAUGUAAAUAAAACGUUAACGCAUCUACCUAAGCACAUUUAUGAUACGAGCAAAUAUUUAGUUAUAUUCAUAUGUAAAGUAAAGUAAAUAUACUUUAUUGCUCCACAAGAGAAAACAAAUUCAAACAACAGAUUACAAUGUAAAUAAAGGCAGCAACAGGCGGUCUUAUCGCAUAUGCAUAAAUUUUCGUGUAUAAUCAUGUCUAAAGCUAAUAUAAAAAUGGUGAUAUUUGAAUUAAUGUAAGUUAUUUUGUAUUUCUAAAUUAUAUGCUUAUGAAAGACUAAGAAAAAUAUACGGUAUUUUACUUGCAACAUUAAGUAGUUGGAGAAGGACUACGAGUAGAAGAACGAAAGCGAAGUAGGUGUUUGUGAAGGAUUAGUAUAACAUCAUUAAAUAUUGAUAUUUUUUUUC